GAACUUCAGGGUGUGGAGUGUUGAAGCUCUGUCAAAUCAUCUCGUGCUGUUUUUAGCUCCCCUAAUAGCAUUGCUCACUUGACCUAAUGUCCUGGUGACUAGGUGAGACCUUUGGAAUGUGUUAACUUAGCACACCACCAGCCUAAAAUGUAAGAACCGUCGGAUAGCAACUGAAACCUGCUCUCACUUUGCUCUAAACUGCAUACCUCAUAUUUCCACCAAAGUUUUUGAAAAUGUCCAUGAUACAUCACUUUCUUAAGCAGCAAAAACUCCACAAAACUAUGCAAUGUUUGGGACAACUGAUUUGGUGUUCUAGGACGAUUAUCAUUCGUACCUGACUCAGUAAUAACUUUAAAUGUGAAAAUACAGGUAGAAAAUGAAAAGGCCAUAAAGCAAUGGGGCUAUAGUGUUUUCUGGCUGGGACGGGGAAAAUCCAGAGACUAUGGAGGCCUACUUGAGGCUAAAAUAAUAGCCACUCAAGGCAGAGUGUCUUAAAAAUCUUACCCUCUGAAGGGCUGGGCGAGAACCACUUCCAUUUGUGCUGUCGGGUAAUGUAUUCUAGCUUUGCAGCCCGCAGUACCCUGGGACAAGUAGCUGAACAACAGAACUAGACCUCUGCAUUGUGGGAAAUGUGCCCUGCAAUCCUCUCCCACAACCCCUCCUCUCUCCACACCGUCCCUGCUUCCCCCCCACCCCCCCAGCCCAGCAGUUGCAGUGCGCGUGCGCACAUCUAGCACAGUCGCCAGCGCCGAGGUUCCGGUCAGGUCGUCUGGCUUCCGCCUCGCAGACAACCUUCUGUGUGCCAAACCUGUGCACCUGCGCAGACCGCGGCGUCUGUCCGUCACCAUGGCAGCAAGUGCUGGGGGCCCGGGCAGAUCACGGCAGAAGACGGUGCUGAGAUACUCUGGUACCACGCAGCGAACCACAAGUGUCAGAUGAGCGACGCCCUGAAGAGUGCCGCCCACAUGAUCGAGGCUGAUGUCCUUCUUCCUAGCGACGGCUCAGAGCAUGGCCAGCCAAUCAUGGCCCACCCGCCCGAGACAGGCAGUGACAACACUCUGCAGGAGUGGCUGGCUGAGGUCACGAAGAGCAACAAAGGCAUCAAGUUGGAUUUCAAGAGUCUGGCAGCCGCCCGAGCAUCCAUGCUGUUCCUGGACAAUGUGAAGCAGCACCUGCAGCGGCCUGUGUGGAUUAAUGCCGACGUCCUUCCUGGGCCAAAUGGGAGCAGCAAAGUAGUAGACGCCAAAGCCUUUCUGGACACCGUGACGUCCUUCUUCCCAGACGUGACCUUUUCCUUGGGUUGGACAACAGGGUGGCAUCCUGAGAAAGUCAAUGAAGGAUACACCUGGCCGAUGGUGAAAGAGAUGGACUACAUAUGCAGCGAGCUAACCCAGCCUGUCACCUUCCCUGUCAGGGCAGCUUUGGUGAGGCAGUCGUGCUCUCAGUUGCUCUGGCUAUUGACGAAAUCGAGCAGGUACAGCUUGACCGUGUGGACUGGAAAAGACGACAUUUACCCCACUGAAGAUUUACUUUACAUUCGAGACUGCUUUAACAAAACCCAAGUUUUCUAUGAUAUUUUGGAACCACAAAACUAUGAAUUUAAACAAGCCAUUGGAAUCCGAGUCACUCUCUAAGAAUACAUUUUAAAAUGUAUAUAUAUAUAUUUUUUUCUUUUAAAUCACUUUCUCUUUGGUUUUAUGAUCCUUUGCUGUUUGGUCUCAAUCAAUGGCUGUAUUAAUUGUAAUUGUUGCUUUAUGUUAAAUUCAUUUAAUCAGAUGCAUAUUGUAUGCCUCCUCUGACUACAGUGUCUCAUGUCUGUACAAGAUUUUACCAACUGCAAUAAAAUUGUUUUAAAAUUAUAGUAAAAAUGUUCCAGCUGUGUGCGGUAACACAUGGGACUUGUGGAACUAAAACAGGAAGAUCAAGAAUUCAAGGCCAGCCUGGGCAAUAUUGUAAUACCCUGUCUCAAAAGCAAAUUUUUAUAACGUCUCUUUAAUCAUCAUACAUUAAUUUUGUAAAAAAAACCUGAAUUAAUAAAUGAACUACUUUUUACUGAAA